UCUAGAUACACUGAAGACAGACCGCGGAGGUUGCACUUCAGAAGUGGCCAUUGGUUAUGUGCUUGAUAUUAUCACCGAGGUAUCUUUUUGUAUUUUUCUGCCAGGGAUGGGCCAGAUUAGGAAGGGCGGUACGAGGGUGGGACUUGGCGCUGGUGUUUUGGAACAUCAAAGAUGGACAGGGUUUUCGCGGAGGUCGCUCCUCAGAUAUCUCCACAACUACAGAUCGGGGAUCUUCCAAAAUCGAGAAGAUUGGUGCAUAUGGCUAGGUCUCUUCACCUUACAAUUUGUAUGGCAAUUUGGCCCGGGGUUGUGGUGUGGUAGGGGAGAAUGGGGGUUAAUCCCACACAGGAGUUUCGAACGACGUCUGGUUCACGUUUGGCUGGAUAACUCCACCACCACACGGGGUAUGCGGUCGGCGAUGGGGUCAAAAUGCUCGUAUGAUCGAGGGCUUUUCGAUGGAUCUAUCGGCGGGUUCUUAUUCGAAAAAUCGAGCGAGUUCGUGGUGGAGCGGUUGUUGUAG